AUUAGUGUAUUGGUGGUAAUUCAAAACCCUCUCACACCUUUUUUUCCAACAACUUUUUCCCCUUUACCCGUUUGUAGGUCCAAGCGAGACGAGCUAGCUUGAAUUUAUGCGGGAGAGAGAAAGAAAGAAGAAAAAAGAGAUGGCAGGGCAAAAAAGAGAUGAAGUGAUGAAGAUAGGUGAAGAGCAGGACAUCGUCAUUGUAGGCGGUGGCAUUUGUGGCUUGGCCACCGCCCUUGCUCUUCACAGGAAAGGAAUAAGGAGCAUUGUUUUAGAGAGAUCAGAAACGCUGCGAGCCGUCGGCGUUGGCAUCCUUAUGCAACCGAAUGGAUGGCGGGCACUUGAUCAGUUGGGUGUUGCCUCCAAGCUUCGACAGACUGCCAUUGACAUUUCAUCGGGAGAAUUUAUAACGGUUGAUGACGGCAAGCGACAUGAAUUAGCUCUUGGGAAAGGGGAACUCCGAUGUUUGAAACGGAUGGAUCUGAUUGAGGCAUUAGCAGAGCCAUUACCGGCCAACGUCGUGCAUUUGGGAUGUCAGGUGCUCUCCAUCAUCCUCGAUCCUGUAACUUCGUAUCCCAUUCUUCAACUUCAUGAUGGAAGUAUGAUUAAAGCCAAGAUUGUAAUUGGAUGCGAUGGUGUGAACUCUAUAGUAUCAAAAUUUCUUGGCAUAAAUUCUCCAAAGCUUUUCUUUCGAUGUGCGACCAGAGGUUUCACAUAUUACGAAAGAGGUCAUAAUUUUGAUGAUCAAUUUCGUCUAUAUCACUCACAAACUGUUCAACUGGGACAACUUACUGUCACGGACAAGCUUGUCUAUUGGUAUUUGACUCGAUCAUUAACUUCUGAAGAUUCGGGUGCUUCAAAGAAAGAUCCAGCAUACAUUAAAGAAGCAUCAAUGGAAGCAAUAAAGGGUUUCCCAGAAGAUAUGGUGGAAAUGAUAAAGCUCAGUGAACCCAAGGCAUUGUACCUCACAGAAUUGAGAUACCGAACGCCAUGUGACUUGUUGCGAGCCAGGCUUGCCAAAGGGGCAGUGGUUGUGGCAGGAGAUGCAAUGCAUGCGAUGUGUCCUUUUAUCUCACAGGGUGGAGGGGCUUCUCUCGAGGACGCUGUUGUACUGGCAAGAUGCUUGUCAGAGAAAUUGAUGCAGGCUGCAAAUCAAAACCAACUUGGACGAAAAUUGAUGGUCGCAGAAGCUCUUGAUUUGUACGUUAAAGAAAGGAGGAUGAGACUUUUCUGGCUUUCUUUGCAGACUUAUUUAGUUGGAUUGACACUUGACAAUACGUCCAAGAUGAAGAAAGUUUUGGGAAUGAUCACCCUAGUUCUCAUCUUUGGAGACCAGAAAAGUCAUAGUGAUUAUGAUUGUGGCCACCUGUAACCAAUAAAUUUAUCUCAUCUUUGUUUUUGGUUUUGCUGGGUUUGUUUUCGCUUUUGCUUAGUGAAUGAUUGCAUGCCUACAUGCAUGUUGUAAUGCUAUGUGAUGGAAACUUAAAGUUCUAUAAUAUUAAUAAACUCAAUUCAGUGAGUU